AUGGUAGAAAGUAUACAGCUAGGCAUGGAAAGAAUGAUAUCGGAGUUGGAAGACUACAAGACUAGAGGAAUCUUCUCCCCACACGAGUUAAGAAAGAUAGUAGAGACAAGGAAAAAGUAUGAGCUCCGACUUCAAAGGCCAGAAAAAAAACUUUUAGAUUUCAUGCGCUAUAUAAAAAGCGAGUGCAUAUUAGAAAAAAUAAGAGACAAAAGAGUAAAGAAAAAGAAUGUUGGGUUUUCACUCCAUGACAUGAACAUAUCAAAAAAAAUAGUGGAGUUAUAUCGAUCUGCUCUGUAUAGAUUCAAUGACCCAAGAAUAGUUUCACAGUUUACCGCUUAUGUCAUGGGAAAGAAAAUGUAUGGGGAAAUGAAAAAUGUGUUUGCAGAGUGCUGUACAAGAAAUCCACUAGAUGUUGAUCUUUGGAUAUAUUGUGCAUUCAAGCUGUUUGAGGUUGGAGACAUCGAAAGUGCCAGAGCUAUGUUCCUCAAGGGCAUUAGAAUGAAUAGUAAAAGCACCAGAAUAAGAAUUGAAUUCUUCAGAAUGGAAGUUAUGUAUAUCGAGAAAAUAGAGAUUCAGAAUAAGGAAAUAGGGCUAGAUUCAGACGAUAAAGAUGAAAUCGAGAGAGGAGAAGUUGCAUUUGCAAUAUUUGUUGACUGCUUUAAUAGCCCGUCUUUUACAGGAAAGGAGGUAAACGAAGUUUUAAAAAUCUCCGAAAGUGUUAAAGAGCUUAAAGAAAAAAUCGGAGAGUACGCUAGGAGUAAGGGCCUAUAA